AAGCAGGCAACGCGUCUCUUGCGCGUGGGAAUGAGAAUUAGACUUUCUCCGAGCCCAAAACCUGGCCGCGUCUCUGCCUUUUAACCUCCGCCAGAUCCUCUUCCUCCUCUCCUUCCUUCCCUCACCCUUCUCUCUUCUCUAUUCACCUCUUUUCUUUCCUGCUCUCUCUAUCCAUCCUGCUUCUUGCUUGCAUCUACCGGAUCUGAUUAGCAGUCAUGUUUGUCUACAAGAGAGAUGGUCGUAAGGAACGCGUCGCGUUCGAUAAGAUCACGGCACGCGUCUCGCGUCUUUGUUACGGCCUCGACCAGGACCACGUCGAUGCCGCCGCCAUUACCCAAAAAGUUAUCUCCGGCGUCUACCAAGGCGUCACCACCGUCGAGCUCGACAACCUUGCCGCUGAAACCGCUGCGUACAUGACUACCGCGCAUCCCGACUACGCAGUCCUGGCCGCGCGCAUUGCAAUCUCAAACCUCCACAAGCAGACGCACAAGCAGUUCUCGCAGCUCAUCUCUGACCUCUACCACUACGUCAACCCCAAGAACGGCCGUCCGUCGCCGAUGAUUUCAGACACGACGUACAACGUCGUCAUGAAGCACGCCGAGGAGCUCAACUCGGCGAUCGUCUACGAGCGCGACUUUCAGUACAACUACUUUGGCUUCAAGACCCUCGAGCGCUCGUACCUCCUGCGCAUCGACGGCAAGGUCGCCGAGCGUCCGCAGCACCUGAUUAUGCGUGUCGCGGUCGGCAUCCACGGCGAGGACAUCGAGAAGGCGAUCGAGACCUACAACUACAUGUCGCAGCGCUACUUCACGCACGCCUCGCCCACGCUGUACAACGCCGGCACGCCCAACGCGCAAAUGUCGAGCUGCUUCCUUGUUGCUAUGAAGGACGACUCGAUCGACGGCAUCUACGACACGCUCAAGACGUGCGCGCUCAUCUCCAAGACCGCGGGCGGAAUCGGUCUGCACGUGCACAACAUCCGCGCCACGGGCUCGUACAUUGCGGGCACGAACGGCACGUCGAACGGUCUUGUGCCGAUGCUGCGUGUGUACAACAACACUGCGCGCUACGUCGACCAGGGCGGCAACAAGCGGCCUGGUGCGUUUGCCAUCUACCUUGAGCCGUGGCACGCCGACAUCUUUGACUUUAUUGAUCUGCGCAAGAACCACGGCAAGGAAGAGGCGCGCGCAAGAGACUUGUUUUACGCGCUCUGGAUUCCUGAUUUGUUUAUGAAGCGCGUGGAGGAGAACGGCGAGUGGUCGCUGUUUUCGCCAUCCGAGGCGCCUGGUCUUGCUGACGUGUGGGGCGAGAAGUUCGAGGCGCUGUAUGAGCAGUACGAGAAGGAAGGCCGCGCGAUGAAGACGGUGAAGGCGCAGAAGCUGUGGUACCACAUUCUGGAGGCGCAGACAGAGACCGGCAACCCGUUCAUGCUGUACAAGGACGCUGCGAACCGGAAGUCGAACCAGCAGAACCUGGGCACGAUCAAGUCGUCGAAUCUGUGCACGGAGAUUAUCGAGUACUCUGCGCCGGACGAGGUUGCGGUGUGCAAUCUUGCGUCGAUCGCGCUGCCGUCGUUUGUGCAGCACGACGCCGACGGGUCGUGGUAUGACUUUAACAAGCUGCACGACGUGACGAAGGUUGUUGUGCGCAAUCUCAACAAGAUCAUCGAGGUGAACAUGUACCCCGUCCCCGAGUCGCGCAACAGCAACAUGCGCCACCGCCCGAUCGCGGUCGGCGUGCAGGGUCUUGCGGACGCGUUUAUGGCGCUACGGUUGCCGUUUGACUCGCCGGGCGCGAAGCAGCUCAACAUCCAGAUCUUCGAGACGAUCUACCACGGCGCGGUGGAGGCGUCGAUCGAGCUCGCGCGCGAGCUGGGCACGUACGAGUCCUACACGGGCUCGCCGGCGUCCAAGGGCGUGCUGCAGUACGACAUGUGGGGGGUCACGCCUACCGAUUUGUGGGACUGGGACCAGACCAAGGAGGAUCUUGCGAGAUACGGAAUGCGCAACUCGCUGCUUGUGGCGCCGAUGCCGACGGCGUCGACGUCGCAGAUCUUGGGGUUCAACGAGUGCUUUGAGCCGUACACGUCCAACAUCUACUCGCGCCGUGUGCUGGCGGGCGAGUUCCAGAUUGUGAACCCGUGGAUGUUGAAGGAUUUGGUUGAUUUGGGUCUGUGGUCGGAUAACAUGAAGAACCGGAUUAUUGCCGACAACGGCUCGAUCCAGAACAUUACGAAUAUCCCGGACGACAUCAAGGCGCUCUACAAGACGGUGUGGGAGAUUUCGCAGAAGCAUAUUAUCGACAUGGCCGCGGACCGGUCUGCGUUCAUCGACCAGUCGCAGUCGCUCAACAUCCACAUCAAGAACCCGACGAUGGGCAAGCUUACGUCGAUGCACUUCUACGGCUGGAAGAAGGGACUGAAGACGGGAAUGUACUACCUGCGCACGAUGGCUGCGUCGGCGCCGAUCCAGUUCACUGUUGACCAGGAGGCGCUGCAGACGGUGGACACGAACCGCGCGCGCACGAGCGGGAUGGGACUGCAGCGCAAGAUGUACAAGCAGACGGUUGGCCGCGCGUCGGACGUGAAGCGGAUGCUGUACAAGGACACCAUGGACACGAGCGGCGGGGUUGUUGUGCUGGAGGACGGCGAGAAGCCGAUUGCUGCCGGUGCUGCUGCUGCUGCUGCUAGUCCCUCGCCGGAGCCUAUUUCUGCGACGGAGGAGAAGAGGUCUACGGGAGGAGGGCUGCUUGCGCGGAGACGGGCGAUGGAGGCGGAGGCGGAGGAGAAGAGACGGAAGGAGGAGGAGGCUGUGCGGAAGAAACGGGCGAACGAGGAGAUGACGGAGGAGGAGGUUGAUAUUUACAAUGACAAGGUGUUGCAGUGUUCGAUCGAGAACCGGGAGGCGUGCGAGAUGUGCUCUGGUUAGAUGUUGUUUGUGUUUGUGCUUAUGUUAGUGUUAUUGUAUUUUAUUUAUUGUAUUGUACUGUUUAAUGGAUGUAUUUGAUUCUAUUCAUCAGAAGCUGUUCUAUAAAUGAAAUGAUGACGCGUCCGAG